AUGGGCAAGGGAACCGACAAGUUGUACAUUACCCACUCGGAGUGGUCGUCAUCGGAUGCGUACGGGGCCAGCGUGGGGUCGAACGCGCGGGCGCGACGGGGCGAGGGCGUCGCCAACUUCAAGCGCCUGCCCUUCAACUUUUGCGCGGCGAGCCUGCAGCCCUUCCACAACCCCGUCUGCACCCCCGACGGCACCAUCUUCGACGUCGAGGUCAUUGGCGCCUGGCUCGACAAGCACAAGACCAACCCCGUCACGGGCGAGCCGCUGUCCUCCAAGGACCUGAUCCGCCUCAACUUUGCCCGCAACGGCGACACGGCCCCCGAUGACACAUCGACAGACAGUAAGGGCGACCUCAUCGACCCCGUCACCUUCAAGGUCUUCACCGACAACACCCACAUCGUCGCCGUGCGCCACGGCGCCUACGCCAACGUCUUCGCCUGGGAGACGGUCGACCGCAUGAACAUCAAGGCCAAGUCGUGGCACGACCUGGUCGACAACGCCGAGUUCGGCCGCAAGGACAUCAUCACCCUGCAGGACCCCCAGAACGCCGCCAGCCGCGACCUCAGCCAGUUCAAGUUCCUGCGCGACGGCUCCGACGCCAUCCUCACCCCCGCCCAGCGCGAGGAGCGCGACGGCGCCGGCUCCGUCAACAUCGACGCCCUGGGCCGCAUCGGCGGGAAGGUCCUGCGCGCCAAGGAGGCCGUCGAGCGCGCCCGCCGCGAGCGCGAGGCCGGCGGCGACGUGAACCGGACCACCAAGUCGCUGCCGCAGCAGCAGCAGCAGAAGCCCGGCGAUAGCAACGUGUCCUCGAUACGCCGAACCCAGCAGCAGCAGAUCCAGGAGCGCAAGCUCGCGGCCAACGCGGCGGCGUACACGACGGGGCGGGCGGCGGCGAGCUUCACGAGCACGGGGUUGACGCCCGAGACGAGCGGCGAGCGGGCGGUGCUAACGGACGAGGAGUGGAUGCUCAAGCCCAAGCGGGUCAAGUUCAAAGGGUACGCGCGCGUCGAGACCAGCCUGGGCGACCUCAACGUGGAGCUGCACACGGAAACCGCGCCCAAGGCCGUGUGGAACUUUGUGCGCCUCGCGCAAAAGGGCUACUACCGCGGCAUAGCCUUCCACCGCAACAUCAAGAACUUCAUGAUCCAGGGCGGCGACCCGUCGGGCACGGGCAAGGGCGGCGCGAGCGUGUGGGGGCGGCCCUUCGCCGACGAGCUUGAGGGGCCGCACACACACAACGCGCGCGGCGUCAUCAGCAUGGCCAACAAGGGCAAGAACACCAACUCGUCGCAGUUCUUCAUCACCUACCGCCCCGCGCCGCACCUCGACCACAAGCACACCAUCUUCGGCCGCGUCGUCGACGGGCUCGACGUGCUCGACAAGAUGGAGGCCACGCCGACGGACCCGGACUCGGCCCGCCCGCUGACUGACAUCGUGAUCCGCGACGUGGUCGUCUUCGUCGACCCCUUCACCGAGUUCCAGCGCGACAAGGCCGAACGCGAGCGCGCCGAGCGCGAGCGCGCCGACGUUGAGCGCCGCGGCGGCACCGACGACGACCGCACCACCUGGACCGGCAAGCGCCUGCGCAAUGACGACGGCUCCGCCCCGGGCUCCGGGGGAUCCAGUGACGCCAAUGCGAACAGGGUCGGGAAAUACUUGAGCAAGAAAAAAAGCCCGCUGCAGCAGCAGUCGCGCUCGCCGACGGAGCUCGCCGACGAGGCUGCCGCUGCCGCUGCGUCGCUGGAUGCUGACGCCUGGGAGGAGCAGCCGUCGAGGAAAAAGGCCAAGACAGCCGGGUUUGGGAAUUUCGACGGUUGGUAG